UGCAAAACCCAAGAUUCUUCCCCAAUAUCCAAAGUUGUGGCCGUUCCUAUUCACAGCCCCAAUAUACACAGUUGACUUAUUUUUGGUUGGAAAAGUUGGUUUUGCAUCUCUCUGAUUCCCUUUUUAUCUCUUGCCCUUUUUUCUCCUUUUUAUUUUUCUUCUUCCUUCUUAUAGGGUAUAUACCCCAUAUUAUGCCUAUAUAGCAUAAACCACCAUAGCUAAAUUUGAAGAAUUUGAUGAUUUGGGUCGGCUAAAAAUACAAUCUUUCUAAUACCCUUUUGAAAUCUCAGCUCAGAUUUGCAAGAUGGAUACGCAGAACCCGGAACAUAGACAUGUAAUUGAGGUAAGUGGUGACAAGGGGAGUAAAAUCUGUGGUUCAGCACCGUGUGGAUUCUCAGAUGUUACCACCAUGUCUAAGGAUGCACAGGAGAGAUCAGCAUCCAUGAGGAAACUGUGCAUUGCAGUUGUCCUCUGCAUCAUUUUUAUGGCUGUCGAGGUUGUCGGAGGUAUUAAAGCCAACAGUCUUGCAAUUUUGACGGAUGCCGCUCAUCUACUGUCAGAUGUUGCAGCUUUUGCAAUAUCCUUGUUUUCACUCUGGGCAUCAGGAUGGGAAGCUAAUCCACGCCAGUCCUAUGGUUUUUUUAGGAUAGAGAUACUUGGGGCAUUAGUUUCUAUCCAAAUGAUAUGGCUUCUAGCUGGGAUCCUUGUUUAUGAAGCCAUUGCUCGACUUAUACACGAUAGAGGUGAAGUUCAAGGCUUCCUCAUGUUUGUGGUGUCUGCGUUUGGAUUAGGAGUGAACCUCAUCAUGGCAUUCUUGUUAGGUCAUGAUCAUGGCCACGGCCAUGGACACAGCCACGGUCAUGACCACGGCCAUGAUCACAGCCAUAAUAACAAAGAGCAUGCUCAUAGCCAUGGUGAUCAUGAGCACGGCCACGGUGAGCAUACACAUAUACAUGGAAUUAGUGUUAGUCGGCACCAUCACCAUAAUGAGGGACCUUCGAACCGAGAUCAACACAUCCAUGCACAUGACGCUGAUCCCACUGUGCCUCUACUUAAUGAUUCCUGUGAGGGUGAACGUGCUGCAUCAGAAGGUGAAAAGAAAAAGAAGCAGCUGAAUAUAAAUGUUCAGGGGGCUUAUCUUCAUGUACUAGGAGAUUCUAUUCAGAGCAUAGGUGUCAUGAUUGGGGGAGCUAUUAUAUGGUAUAAACCAGAGUGGAAAAUCAUUGAUCUAAUUUGCACUCUCAUUUUCUCCGUUGUUGUUCUUGCCACAACCAUUAGGAUGAUUCGGAGUAUUCUUGAAGUAUUAAUGGAGAGCACACCGAGAGAAAUUGAUGCAACACGGCUUGAGAAGGGGCUAUGUGAGAUGGAGGAGGUUGUUGCAAUCCAUGAAUUGCACAUAUGGGCUAUUACAGUCGGGAAAGUACUCUUGGCUUGCCAUGUCAAGAUUAAGCCUGAUGCUGAUGCUGACAUGGUGCUGGAUAAGGUGGUCGAUUAUAUUAGGAGGGAAUAUAACAUUAGCCAUGUAACCAUUCAAAUAGAAAGAGAGUAGUCGCGAGGUGAAGUUUAUUUUGGCUGUUGUACUGGUCAUUGGCUUCUUUAUUCUUUCAGAUAUUAGUUUCAAAGGAAAACAUCAUCUGGUUACGCGGUUCCAGUAUCUGUUUCGUUUUAGUAAAUCAUGGUCUUUUAGCA